AUGGCGUCCAGAUUCACCUCCUACCUCCUCCUCCGCCGCCAUCACCCCCUUUCCCUUCUCCGCCACCACUUCACCACCACCUCAACCACCGUCCUCUCUAACCCCCACCCCUUAUAUUCCCUCUUCAAACCCCACGAACGGCAUAUCCUAACCCACUUCCGACGACCCUCCCGCCCUUUCAACCUCCGCUUCCUAUCCACCCGCCCCAUCCGCCCGACCCGAACGAACAAGCCAGACAUCGGAGCCCGAGCCCGCCAGCUCCAGAACCGCCGCCUCUGGGCCUACGCCCUCACAUUCAGUUGCAUUGCCGGAUUUAUAGUUAUAGUUCUCAAUCAAUUUCAAGAUCAACUAGUCUUCUACAUCACCCCCACGGACGCCCUGCUAAAAUACAGUUCUGAUCCUAGCAAGUCGAAAUUCCGGCUUGGCGGGUUAGUACUGGAAAGCAGUGUUGCUCAAUUGCCCUCGUCCCCAGAAACCCAAUUCGUAAUUACGGAUUUGAUCACGGAUAUUUUGGUCAAAUACGAAGGCAGUUUGCCGGAUCUUUUCCGGGAGGGUCAUUCGGUUGUGGUGGAGGGGUUUAUUAAACCGUUUGAUGAGGAAAUUAGGAAAAAGGAGGAGGGCAUAUUGAGGAAUAGCAAUAAAUUGGGAAUUAUGGAGAAGGCAAGGAGUUUGGAAUGCUAUUUCGCGGCCACAGAGGUUUUGGCCAAGCACGAUGAGAAGUACAUGCCGGCUGAAGUGGCAGCAGCAAUCGAGAAGAAUAAAAAGACGCUAAUUGAAGAGGAGAAAAGAAGAGAGGAGGCUUUGUACAAUGCUAAACCUGCCACUAAUGCUGAUGGAACAACUGUUUAG